AGAAAAAGAGAGCAACUUUGGGUUUCAUUUUGGUCAGAGAGAGAGAAAGUGAGAGACUUUGACUCUUCUCCUUCUUCGCUCUCUCUCUCUCCAUUUGUUUCUCGCACCCGUCUGAUGACCUUUUGCAUUGAAUUUAUCGUUCCACAUUUCCCAGUUUCUGCCACUCGUUACUCGCCCGAUAAAAGAUCUCUCUCCCUCUCUUGUGGGUUGAAAAGCCUUUUGAGGGUCUCAGGAGGCUUUGGAGUAUCCUCAGGUUCGAUUAGAUUAGAUGGGGAAUUGUUGUGGAAGCCCGGGUUCUGCACCUGGUAACAAACAGGGGAAACCCAAGAACAAGAACAACCCUUUUUACAACGAGGAAUACGCUGCAGCAAAUGGAUCUGGAGCUGGAUUCAAGCUCUCUGUGUUGAAAGACCCGACGGGUCAUGAUAUAUCCGGGAUAUACGAUCUCGGGCGUGAACUUGGUCGGGGCGAGUUCGGUAUCACGUACCUGUGUACCGAUAUCAGAACGGGUGAAAAAUAUGCGUGCAAGUCUAUAUCGAAGAAGAAGCUUAGGACGGCUGUGGAUAUAGAGGAUGUGAGGAGGGAGGUAGAGAUAAUGAGGCAUAUGCCUAAGCAUGCGAACAUCGUCUCAUUAAAAGAUACCUUUGAGGAUGAUGAUGCAGUGCAUAUAGUUAUGGAGUUGUGCGAGGGAGGGGAACUGUUUGAUCGGAUCGUUGCUAGAGGCCAUUAUACUGAACGGGCUGCCGCAGCUGUUAUGAAGACUAUCGUCGAAGUUGUUCAGAUGUGCCAUAAGCAUGGAGUCAUGCAUCGGGAUCUUAAACCGGAGAACUUUCUGUUUGCAAAUAAAAAGGAGACAUCGGCCCUUAAGGCCAUAGAUUUUGGAUUAUCCAUUUUCUUUAAACCCGGUGAGCGAUUUAAUGAGAUUGUUGGAAGUCCUUAUUACAUGGCACCAGAGGUGCUUCGGCGAAAUUAUGGACCUGAAGUUGAUGUCUGGAGUGCAGGAGUUAUCCUUUACAUCUUGCUUUGUGGUGUCCCACCUUUUUGGGCCGAGACCGAGCAAGGGGUGGCUCAGGCGAUCAUUAGGUCAGUAAUUGACUUUAAGAGGGAUCCAUGGCCAAGAGUUUCUGAAAGCGCCAAAGAUCUCGUGAGGAAGAUGCUUGAACCUGACCCGAAAAAGCGGCUUUCUGCUUCAGAAGUACUCGAACAUCCGUGGAUAGUAAACGCGAAGAAAGCUCCAAAUGUCUCCCUCGGGGAGACUGUGAAAGCGAGGCUCAAACAAUUUUCUGUCAUGAACAAGCUCAAGAAACGAGCUCUACGGGUGAUAGCCGAGCAUUUGUCGGUGGAGGAAGUGGCUGGCAUAAAAGAGGCAUUUGACAUGAUGGAUACUAACAAGAAGGGCAAGAUAAACCUAGAGGAGCUUAGAUAUGGACUUCAAAAACUCGGUCAACAAAUCUCUGAUGCAGAUCUUCAGAUUCUGAUGGAAUCCGUGAGGAUUAUCUUCCCUUUCAAUCCAAAACCUUCUUGUUCGAGCUUUCAGAAUGUUGAAUUCGUUAACGCAUUCAAAGAGAUGGAAUUCAAGAUUUAGCUUGAAAUUGUUUUUUUUUUUUUUUUUUUUU